UUGGCAGUUGAACGAAAUGAAAGGCUUAAUGCUUGUUUUCGGAUUUUUAGCCAUAUUCGCGGCAGUUGGAUGUGCGUCAAAAGUGCGUUAUGAUAAUUUUAAAGUGUUCAAAAUCCAAACCAAAAAUGCAGAACAGCGACAGAUGAUCGAGAAAUUGGCUGAAAAUGCUGAAAGUUUUAAUUUAUGGCACAGCGAUGACAAAGAAGUUCAUGUUAUGGUAAGCCCACAGAAGCUCAUACAUCUACAAAACUAUACGCGCUCCCAUAAUCUGCCUUUGGAAGUAAUGGUCUCAAACGUGCAAAGCCUCAUCGAUGAUGAACAGCCCUCUAAAUCCACGGAUGAUCUCUCAUUUGGUUGGACGCGCUAUUAUCCCUUAUCAGCAAUCGAAGAAUUUUUAGAUGACAUAUUAGCGAAGCAUCCGCUUGUUACGAGUGAAAUAAAUAUUGGCACAUCCUAUGAGGGACGUAAAAUACGUGCCAUUAAAAUCUCUUAUAAAUCGGGCAAUCCCGGCAUAUUCAUCGAAUCCAACAUACAUGCACGAGAAUGGAUCACCUCAGCUACCGCGACUUGGUUCAUCAACGAAUUACUCACUUCCGAAGAUGAAGAUGUGGUGAACUUGGCCCAAAACUAUGAUUGGUAUAUUGUACCAGUUUUGAAUGUAGAUGGUUUUGUCUAUACACAUGAAACGGAUCGCAUGUGGCGCAAAACUCGCCAACCUGUGGAGGGCUCGGCAUGCAUUGGCGCAGAUCCGAAUCGUAAUUGUGAUUCGCAUUGGAUGGAGAAUGGUGGUGCCUCAUCAGAUCCAUGCUCUGAGACAUUUGCCGGCACGCACCCUUUUUCCGAGCCUGAAAUUAAAGCUCUUGCCGAUUAUAUAGCUAGCAUUAAAGACCGUCUCAAUAUUAUGCUUGCCUUUCAUUCGUAUAGUCAAGUGUUGCUUUCACCAUAUGGACAUACAAGCGAGCUUACCGAUAAUCAUGAUGAUUUGAUGGCAGUGGCAAAGGCUUAUUCAGAUGCGGUGAAAGAAUUGCCCUACGGCACGGAAUACACAUAUGGCACAUCAGCCACGUCCAUGUAUUUCACUUCCGGUUCGACAAGAGACUGGGUCUACAAUACACAGGGUAUUCGUCUCUCAUACACCAUCGAAUUCCGUGAUACUGGACGUUUUGGUUUCAUCUUGCCGCCAAUACAGAUAUUGCCACAUUGUGAGGAUACAUUCGCCGGCAUAUUGGCAAUAGUGAAGAAGGCUAAGGAAUUGGGUUACCUGGAACCAAAGUACACUAUUUGAAAUAGAAAUCCAUAUGUAUUUUGCACAUAUAAGUACUAAUGAAAGGAAGCACAUAAAUACUG